AUGGCCGGCGGGAAGGAGCCGAUCGAGGUGAAGUUCCGGCUGUUCGACGGCACCGACAUCGGGCCCAGCAAGUACGACCCCAACACCACCGUCGCCGCGCUCAAGGAGUUCGUCCUCGCCCGGUGGCCGCAGGAUAAAGAAAUAGUUCCAAAAACUGUCAAUGAUGUGAAGCUCAUCAAUGCUGGAAGGAUACUGGAGAAUAGCAAAACUCUUGCUGAAUCUCGAGUCCCAGUUGGAGAAGUUCCUGGAAGUGUGAUUACAAUGCAUGUUGUUGUGCGGCCUCCUCAAUCUAACAAAAGUGGUCAUAGCAUUUUCUAG